AUGCCAAACUCCAGCUCCAGCAUCACCCUCACCCCUAUCAACCUCCACCACCCCGCCGACUACGCCGCCCUCCAACACCAACGCACAGUCUGCGGCUGGGACCAGACCGACGAAGCCCUCCUCGCCUGGCGCGCCCAACAAGACGCAGGCCUCAAAUCCUUCUUCUGGAUCGACAUCGUCCCAGCCCCCACCUCCACGUCCAGCAGCAACAGCAGCGUCAACAACAACAGCAGUAACCACCAGACCCCCACGGCCGAACCAAUCCACGCAGGCCACAUCUCCCUCGACGCGUACGCCCACCCGCCAGACCGGGACCUCGCCACCGCCGACCGCACCAACCUGACCAUCCAGUCGUUCUUCAUCCUGCCGGAGCACCGACAGGGCGGGCUGGGCCGGCGCGCGAUGGCGCUGGUCGAGGCGCGGGCGCGCCGGGACCCGCGCUGCCGGUACGUGACCCUCAACGCGGUCAGCAAGGCGUACUACGCGGACCCCGUGCGGCGGCGCUGGAUCGAGCGGAUCCGCGGCGAGGGCGGCCUUCCGGUGGCGGAGUGGUAUGAGAGGAUGGGGUACGUGCGGUGGAAGACGGAGCCGCGGUAUACGGAUUGGACGCCGGAGGGGGAGAAGGUGGUUAUCGAGGCGGAUUUUAUGAGGAAGUUGGUGGUUGGGGAGUAG